CGGUGUUAAGGCAGUGUUCAUGUGAAGGGCGGUGAAAGUGCCACCCCGCGCCUGUGGCUCCCGAGGCUUCAUCACCAGCUCCAGGAACCACAGAGCCUCCAGACUGACCUUCUGGAGGACACAGAGUCGCCAUUACCCUGGAUUUACCGGAAUUCUAUUCAACUCUCGAGGAUUUUUUGGCGUUUGUGUUUUCUCUCUAUCUGUGAUCGAUCGUGCGCGCGCGCAGGUUUCAUUCAGCUCCCAGCUCGACAGUCUUCAUGCUUCAUCUGAGCUACAUGACCACUGUCUGAUCUCUGAUUGGACAUGAACCUGAUCAGGGCUGAGGUGUGAAAGCCAGAGGAAGUCUGUUCUGUCCCCCAGCAAGAAUAAUGUUCUCUUAUUAUCUACAAGCUUCCUGCUAUAUACUGACGCUCUCAACACGGUCAUUUAUAACAGGACUUCAACACCACCACACCUCGGGAUCAACGAGAGCAACAAGAAUAACAAAGUGUCUCAUAUCGAUCACAGACAGGAAGUGAGGUGUGGGUCAGCAGUCACACGAACUCUACCUUCAGUUCAGGAGCAGCUGGAUUUGCUGUUUAGUCCAGGACUAGGAGCCUCCUCCCUUCAGCCCAACCACUUCAAGGUGAACUUUGGCAGGAGCAUACUACCUGAGGGAUGAAUGAGGCUUCCUCCACGUUAUUAAAGCGUUGUCGCCUGGUCAGAGCUGAGACUGACCCCAUUUCCAGCACACACAGCUCUCCCACUCAGGAUGCUUCAGGGGACAAAGACGCAGCCUUCCCUCUCUCGUCAGUGGCCGGCCUCCUGGACGCUGAGGAGAGCGGGCUUCCUCCUGCUACACGAACAGAGACCAAGCCCAAUCUUCGCAACAAGUUCCAGGGAGCCUUCAAGAAGGGCAUCGGCAACCCCAUGGACCUGCUGGAAUCCACCAUCUAUGAGUCCCCAGGGAACACAGGCCCUAAACAGGCUCCCAUGGACUCGCUGUUCCACUACGGCACGUGUCGCGCAGCCAGUAAUCAAAAAUGGCGCAAGAAGAAGCUUGCUCGAGGGAACACAGAGAACAUGGCGUCCUGCGAUGAGGCCAGCUCGAACCCUCCGAGGGCUCCGAAGGUGUUUAAUCGCACUCUGCUGUUCGACGCUGUAUCUCGAGCAGAUCCCGAUGCUCUGGAUGGACUGCUGGAGUUUCUGCAGAGCAGCAACAAGAGACUGACGGAUGAGGAGUUCAGAGAGCCGUCCACAGGGAAAACGUGUCUGCUGAAAGCUCUGCUGAAUUUAUAUGGCAGGAGGAACGACACCAUCCCGCUGUUGCUGGACGUCGCUGAGCAGACGGGGAACCUGCACGAGUUCGUCAACACGCCCUUCAGAGACCUCUACUACCGGGGUCAGACGGCACUGCACAUCGCCAUCGAGCGACGCUGUAAACACUACACUGAGCUGCUGGUGGAGAAGGAAGCUGAUGUUCACGCUCAGGCUCGUGGACGAUUCUUCCAGCCCCGAGAUGAGGGAGGAUAUUUUUACUUCGGUGAGCUCCCUCUCUCUCUGGCCAGCUGCACUAACCAGCCUGCCUUGGUGCACUACCUGAUUGAGAACAGCCACAAGAAAGCAGACUUGCGGCGUCAGGACUCACGUGGCAACACGGUCCUGCACGCUCUCGUCCACGUGGCUGACAACACACGUGAAAACACUCGCUUCGUCACUAAGAUGUACGACCUGCUGCUCAUCAAAAGUGCUAAACUUUACCCAGAGUGCAACCUGGAGCAGGUGCUCAACAACGACGGCAUGUCACCGCUCAUGAUGGCCGCCAAACUCGGCAAGAUCGGGGUUUUUCAGCACAUCAUUCGGAGAGAAAUCAAAGAUGAUGAGGUGCGUCACCUGUGCAGGAAGUUUAAGGACUGGGCGUAUGGUCCGGUGUACUCGUCUCUGUAUGACCUGUCCUACCUCGACACAUGCGGCGAGGACGUCUCUGUGCUGGAGAUCCUCGUCUAUAACAGCAGGAUCGAGAACCGUCAUGAGAUGUUGGCUGUGGAGCCGGUUAAUGAGCUGCUGAGGGCAAAGUGGGAGAAAUUUGCCUCCAUGACGUUUUACAUCAGCGUGGUGUCGUACCUCAUCACCAUGAUCAUCUUCACAAUCGUCGCCUUCUACCGUCCUUCAGGAAGCACACCUCCGUAUCCAUACGUAACGACGGGAGAUAAACUGCGUCUGGCAGGAGAACUCAUCACCCUCGGCUCUGGACUGUUUUUCUUCCUAAGUAAUAUAAAGGAUCUGUUUCUGAAGAAAUGUCCAGCAGUGAGCUCUUUAUUUAUCGACGGAUCAUUUCAAUUUCUCUACUUUGUGUACUCUGUGCUAGUGCUGGUGACGGCGGCUCUGUACCUGGCCGGAGUGCAGGCCUAUGUGAUGGUGAUGGUGUGUGCGCUGGUGUUAGGAUGGAUGAACACACUUUAUUUCACCAGAGGCUUCAAACUCACUGGUACAUACAGCAUCAUGAUCCAGAAGAUUCUGUUUAAAGAUCUGUUCCGCUUCCUGCUGGUCUACGUCCUCUUCAUGAUCGGCUACGCCUCAGCUCUGGUGUCUCUGCUCAACCCGUGUCCCCCCAACAGCACAAACACCAUCUGGGACAUCACAAAAAAGUCUUACUGUCGAGACACGGAGGCUUUCAGCACCGUUCUGCUGGACCUGUUCAAGCUGACCAUCGGCCUGGGGAACCUGGAAGAGAUGCUCCAGGGGAUGCAGUACCCGGCCGUCUGCCUCAUCCUCGCCGUCACGUACAUCGUCCUGUCCUUCGUGCUCCUGCUCAACAUGCUGAUCGCACUGAUGGGUCAGACCGUCACCAAGGUGUCCAAACAGAGCAAAAAGAUCUGGAAGCUGCAGUGGGCUACAACCAUCCUGGACAUCGAGCGUUCUUUACCCGUGUGUCUGCGCAGAAAGUUCCGUGUGGGUGAAAUGGUGACCGUGGGCAAGAACUGGGACGGGACGCCUGACAAACGCUGGUGCUUCAGAGUGGACGAGGUGAAGUGGUCAGACUGGAACCAUAAUCUGGGAAUUAUUAAUGAAGAUCCUGGACAAAAAGAGCAAAAUGAACAAGGCAGCACAAGACGAUUACGACGAGAUCGCUGGUCCACUGUGGUUCCUCGUGUAAUGGAGCUGAACAGAGGCUCCAGAGAGCAUGUGGUGGAGAUGACGGAGCCGCUGAAGAACAGAAACAGUUUCAACUCAAACUAGAUCUGGACUCAAGCAACGAGCUCCAAAUGUUCUCACAAUCACUGCAGAACACCUUCAUCCACUUCUCCUACAUCUCCACAAACCCUGGAGUGAUCAUCUACACCAGCUCUAGUCAUGAUGUCACACAGACACAGAUCAGGAGACAGGAAGCAGACCAUGAGCAGAACUGGACCAAACAGAGAGGACGUCCACCUCAAGUCACUUCAUACAGACUAGAAAAAUAAACCAUGUUUAUUAUAUACCUAAGUGAUGUCAUGUACAGCAUUCUUUCUCAGGGAUCUGUCUGGAGAACAUCUGGAUGUUAUUCAGUGAUCAUAAAAAAGGAUGUAUGACAUCGUCAUGAAGCUGCAGUAAAGAAAUGCCAAAGACAACAGAUUUUUAUAAAUGAUGAAUAAAUAUUUGCUCAUUUUUUCUUGUGUUUGCUGCUCUGGAGGGUGAGAGAAGGUUUUCAUGAUGUUCUGGGUUAUUUAUGGUGAAAUAUUACAACAAACACACAGAAAUCCCUCCAGAAAUGAGGCCCAGGUAACAAAUAGCAGUGUUUAGUAAAGGUUUGGUCCAAACAGCGUGUUUUUAAAUCAUACACCUGAACCAUAAAUGCCUCACAUUUACAACAUGAUCUAUUUUAUUCAUUUUGGGUUUGCACAUUAGAUCUUUUUUAUCUUUAUAUUGUUUAUAUUCCUGUAUAGUCUGAUAGAUAAAGGAACCUUUUUUACAUUAAAGUCAUGGGACUGCUUUUUUACAUAAAUAUAAAAGUCAUUCAGUAUCAGAUGAUGAUUUCAUACAGAGUUAGAAAUGAAGAUGUUUGAUCCAAAGGCAACAGAUUUUAACUUUUUAUUAUUGCAGGAGGCUAAAGUUUCCUUUUUAUUUAUGGGACUCUAAUAAAUACAAGUACAAUAAAUAAAUAUAAAUGAAGUGCAUACAUGUCUCAGGCUUUAUUUCUGAGUGUUUAUUAUAAUUCAGGAAUGAACCAGUAGGAGGCAGUAGAGUUCCAGUGAUGUGAUAAAGAGGAUUUUAAUCUGAUGUUAAAACU